AUGGCCCGUAUCGCCUCCUUUUUCGUCGAUCCACUGCCCUGCUCUGUACAUGCAACGCUGCCGCAUGCAGUACUAACAAUUCAGGUAUUCCGUUUUGGCACCUCCAAGGCCAAGUCGCUGUUUAUGCAGCGCAAGAACCCCCGCAAGAUUGCCUGGACCCAACUCUACCGUAAGAUGCACAAGAAGGGUGUCAGCGAGGAGGUCGCCAAGAAGCGCUCUCGCCGCACCGUCAAGCACCAGCGCGGUGUUGUCGGCGCGAGCAUUGACGCGAUCAACGCCCGCCGUAACCAGAAGCCCGAGGUGCGUGAGGCGAACCGCAAGGAGCAGCUCGCCAAGUCCAAAGAGUCCAAGAAGGAGCGCGCGGCUGAGCGCAAGGCCAACCGUGCCGCUGCUGGCACCGGCUCUCAGAUCAACCGCCAACAAGCAAAGGGCAGCUCUCGGGGUGGUAGCCUCAAGGCGUAA